AUGGCAGUCCUCUCGUUUCAUGAAUGCCUCGAUCAGCUUCCCUCCUACCGCCAAUUGCCCCAGCAGCCUGACUUACCAUCAGGCUGUACCUGGGGAUUCUGGGAUACCGAUGGAAAGCGAGAUGAGCUCGGCACACUCAAUCUCUUGACGCCGGAAGUGGUGGCGAACGCGGCCCGGGAGAUUCGAGAAGGGAUAUCAGUCUCCCUCAACUGGUCGCUCGCGAAGCCCAACCUCCCGGUAUUCCAGCGGCAACGGCUCGAGCACACCAUCAUCAACAACAAGACCAAGGGAAGUGCCAACAGCUUCGACGACGAAGUCCGGUUCAACACCCAGUCCGGGUCGCAGUGGGACGGACUUCGCCACGUCGUGCACCGCGAAGCCGGGGCGUGCUACAAUGGAGUGCGAGAGGAGGAUGUGGAGGCGCGGGAUUCGAGUCUGGAGACUCCCCUAGGCAUCGACAAAUGGCACGACCGAGGAGGCAUCGUUGGCCGCGGCGUGCUCGUCGACUACGUCGCAUACGCCCAGCGCCACCAAAUCCACUACUCGCCCGCGAAGUACCACGCCAUCAGCCAGCACGAGCUGGCCGAAGCGGCGCGCGAACAGGGCACCACCUUCCGCCAGGGAGACGUGCUGAUCGUGCGCAGCGGGCUCAUCAAAUGGUACAACGAAUGCUCCGACCAGGAGGUGCGAGACGCCUUCUUCGCCGAUCCGCACAAGCAGUCGGUGGGCGUGAGCCCGACAGAAGACGCGGUGGAAUGGCUCUGGAACCAGCAUUUCGCCGCCGUAGCGGGCGAUGCUCUGGCUUGGGAACCAGUGCCUUAUCCUGCAGACCGACCAUCCUUUCACCAGCAUCUUCUCGCUCUCUGGGGCACCCCGAUAGGGGAACUGUGGGAUCUGGAACAGUUGGCCGCCACGUGCGCUCGAUUGAACCGCUAUUCUUUCUUCUUGACCAGUGUGCCGCUGAACGUUCCAGGCGGGGUCGCGUCGCCGCCGAAUGCCGUAGCUGUGUUUUAG